GUCACCGCCGCCGCCGCCGUAGCCGACGUGAAUUUUUUAAUCCCCCCCCCCCCCCCACUGGAAGGAUUCAUGCUGAUGUCUGCAGAGUCGGUCAGAGAGUAAAAACAGCGCAUGCCUUCCUGGAGUCAGGAUCCGUAAAUUCUGACGUAGCCCGAGCAUCUUAAAAAUCCCUGUAAUAUCGCCCAAGCACUUAACGUUGCUAUGGUCAUUCCGAUCUCCAAGCAAAUGGGGAAACUACGGAUUUUUUUCCUUAUUACGGUCGGAUGGGAUGAAGACCUUCCUGCCUGCGGAGAGCUGGGGCUCCAUCCGUAGAGAUGCAUAGAUGUGUUGUCAGUGUGUGAGUAUAAAGUGGUGGCUUCUUAGACGAUCUGGGGUUUGACCUUGAACCCGUGCCAGUGAAACAGCAGAUUACUUUUCUUUAUGCAUUGGAUGGAUUGAAGAAAAGAACACCCCCUUUUUUUCCCUGUCUGCAACUGCAGUAAGGGAGGGAGUUGGAUAUACCUCACCGAAUAUCUCCUGGUUGACACCAUCAUUAUUGUUUAUUCUUGCGCUCCGAAAGCCCGAGUCCUCUGAUGGCUCCCUUAGGUGAAGUUGGGAGCUAUUUCGGGGUGCAGGACGCGGUACCGUUCGGGAACGUGCCGGUGUUGCCGGUGGACAGCCCGGUGUUGCUAAGUGACCACCUGGGUCAGGCUGAAGCAGGGGGGCUGCCUCGGGGACCCGCAGUCACGGGCCUGGAUCACUUAAAGGGGAUUCUCAGGCGGAGGCAGCUGUACUGCAGGACCGGAUUUCACUUAGAAAUCUUCCCCAACGGUACUAUCCAGGGAACCAGGAAAGACCACAGCCGUUUCGGCAUUCUGGAAUUUAUCAGUAUAGCAGUGGGCCUGGUCAGCAUUCGCGGUGUGGACAGCGGACUCUACCUCGGUAUGAACGAGAAAGGGGAGCUAUAUGGAUCAGAAAAACUGACUCAAGAGUGUGUAUUCAGAGAACAAUUUGAAGAAAAUUGGUAUAACACCUACUCAUCGAACCUGUAUAAACAUGUGGACACUGGAAGGAGGUACUAUGUUGCAUUAAAUAAAGACGGGACUCCAAGAGAAGGAACCAGGACUAAACGGCACCAGAAAUUCACACAUUUUUUACCUAGACCAGUGGACCCUGACAAAGUACCAGAACUAUAUAAGGAUAUUCUAAGCCAAAGUUGACAAAGACAAUGUCUUCACUUGAGCCCUUAAAAAGUAACCACUAUAAAUGGUUUCCCGCGGUGGGUUCCUAUUGAUUAGCUGUGUCAUCACCUCAGCUCCACUGUUGCCAAACUUUGUCGCAUGCAUAUGUAUGAUGGAAGCUUGGAUGGGAACAUGCCAAUUUUGCUCUGCACUUAGAGGCUGGUCCUCCUGGAGGGCCGCCUGGGGCCACUUGCUUGAUUUAUUGUGAAAAAGGGUGGGGGGGAAGAGGCUGAGUGAGAUGGUGUGAGUGUGUGAAUGGUCAAGUAGCUGGGGAGAUCAGAGAGAGCUAUGAGAGCAAAAUGGACAACGCCCGAUGCAUGCUGGGAAAUAGACAUGCUUUUACAUUUUUGGUCAGUUGAACUUCAUCCUAUAUCAGCACAGCUGCCAUUCUUCGACUCAUCAGGAUUUUUGGCUGGUGGCCUGCGCAAGGGAACACUGCAUUUCCAAAGGCAUGGAGGGUGCAGUCUUACUUAAAAGACCUUUUCAGUUCAUUCUCACUGGUAUCAUCCCAGUGAACUUAAAGCAAAGACCUCUUAGUUUAAA